AUGAAAAUGCUUAAGCUAAAUUACUACCAUGGAAGAAUAUACGAAAAGUACAAAAUUAGCAACGUGUUGUCUUUAUUAGUUGAUAAGCAUAAGUUUCAAAACGAUAGUAUAGAUUUUAAUGAAAUAAGUAAUAUGAAAAAUAAUUAUAGCAUAAUGGCACUUUUAGGAAGUCAAAUAAAAAACAUAAAUAAUGAUAUAUAUAAAGAUAUCGAUACGAAUGACAUUAUAUUAGCAUUGUCAACAUUAAAAAAAGUGGAUGAACAAAUAGUAAUUAAUGAGAGCAGAAAUAAAAAUUAUAUCUUAGAAUUAGCAGAACAAAUGUAUUAUGAAUAUUCUCAGAAAGGAUUAAUUACAAAUGACAGUACAUUUAAUUUAAAUGACAAGAGAAGUGUUAUGAACAUAAAUUUAGAAAUAAUGAAUGAUAUAAAUAAUCAAAUUAAAAAUUAUGAGGGAAAAAUUCGUAAAUUACUUUCUUAUUCAGAGGAUCACUUAAAAAGGGAUGCUCUACUGCAUUACAAUGGUAUUGGCACGAAUGAUGAAUCUGAUAAGUUUAGUUCCAUUUUGGGUGAAAACGAUAUGUACUAUAAUAUGAAACAAAAUAAAUACUUAGAUCGUGAUAGAAGCAUUUUAAACAAGGACUUAUAUGAUGAUAAUAAUAUUAAUAAUUAUGAAAAUUAUGUGAACUUAAAAAAUGAAAAAAGACACAGUACCACUCUGCCUAAUGUGUACGACAGUUACAGUUACAGGUACAGAGCCCACUUAAACAACAACAAUAGCACCGCUCGUAACGGAAAUACGAAUGGAAGUAACUUGCACUACUAUGCAAAGGAGGGCACAAACAGUACCCAGUGUAAUAGCGUCGAAAAUGUGAAUGGCGAUGUAAACGUUUACAGCAACGGGAGCAAUAAUAAUAACCAUGGAAUGAAGCACAAUAUUUGCAAGAACUCCUCUACUAGCGUCAGCAGCAAUCUAAACAGCAACGUUAAAAAUAAUAGUAAUACGUAUCACCAGAGGAGGAGCAGCUGUGAUAACGUGUCUCAUUACGACUCGGGUGAGAAAAACAUAUUCAACGAUCGAAUGAAAAUGAACUACUUGAAUAGAAAAACACACUAUGAAAAAACAGACGAAGAAGACCUAUAUGAAAACAAUCACAGGAGUACCAUAAUUGGUACUGCUCACCAUUUUACAAAUAGAAUUAGUAAUGAAUAUAUUAUGAACAGGAAAGGUUUAUACGAUGCGCGUGGCAAUAAUAAAAUUAGAUCAGAUGUUUCUGAAUACAGCAAUAUGAACUAUAAUUAUGAUGAAAAAAAUAAAAACUUAUUAAACAAGGAUGAAAUGAGUUAUGAUGGCAACAACGCAGAAUUUAAAGUAGGCAUAAACAGUAACAACAGUAAUGAUGAUGGUAAUAAUAUGAGUGGAAAUAAUAUUAUUGGUAAUCAUGUUAGUGGAAUUAACAGUGAUCAUAAUAAUAAUAAUGGUGCCGCAUACAACUCCAUAUACAACAUAGGGUUAAAAAAAGACCGCUCACCAAACAAUACUAUAUUUGAUAAAAAUAAAAUCAGUACAUGGAACAGUAAUGUACUAGCAAAUAUAGAUAAAGCAGAAAAAGAAAUUGUCAAUAAUCAUUUAAAAAAUUCUAUGGCACGUAAUGAUUAUGCUGCUAGAAGAAUGAGCUCUAUACUUCUAAGUCCAAAUGUUCAACAAAGAGAGUUAUUAUUUAGCAAAAGAAAAUCGUAUGAAAAACCAAGUAUUGAAAAAUUUAUUAAUAGAAAUUCACAUAAUUAUAACAGUGAUAUGUCACUAAACAAAUAUAGUACAUUAGGUCAAAGAAAGAAUUAUACAUCAGACACAAAUAAUAACAGUAGUUUUAUUAUAAGUAGUGCAAAUAAACAGAACAUGUUAGAGGAAGACUCCUUCAAUGUAGUAGGUGAUUUUGAUAAUAACCAUUUUCCUCCAAAAUCGAAAAUUAAUUAUUUAAGGGAAAAUUAUUUAAGUGAUAAUAAAUAUAUGAAUUACCCUAUGUCUGAACGAAAUAACAAUUCUAGUACACCAUUAAAUACAGAUAACCUUAGUAACUUCUCACGAAAUGUGCAUAAAUCCGUUGAAUCGAAUUUGAAUAUGUACACAAAUAAAUAUUCGAGAGCACUAGAUAUAAAUGAUUUAAAUAGCAAUACUAGUAGGAAUUAUGUAAAUAGUUCGAAUAGCUUAAAAAGCGACCGUACCACAAUGAGAGAUAAUUAUGCAAAAAUGCUCGAAAGGUCUAAAUCGCUAACGUCCAAUAUCUACAGGGUACCUGUGACGCACACCUACUUGCGGGCAAAUAUGUGA